ACAAAAGGGAAGGAGUCAGUCAGCUGGUGGUGGGGAUACAUGAUACAUCACCUGUACGGGAUACAUGAUACAUCACCUGUACGGGAUACAUGAUACAUCACCUGUACGUACAUGGAUUAACUACUGAAAUGUCUUUGGACUGGGAGAGAGAAAAUGUGCGGUCUGUGAAGGGUGAAAGUAUAUUGUUCAUAAACCAAGAUAUACACUUUAAGUAUGGUGAAUGGUUGACAUACACUGGGGAGAAUGAGUUAUAAAGUUAGCUGGUAAUUUAUCCUGAUGAUUUUGGCUUCUUCCUUAUCAUUGAAUAAGUUAUCAUGGACUCUCUCACAUGUGGGUUGUGCAAACUUACUUUUCAUGAACUGGAGGAAUUUAUUGAACACAAACGGAGUCAUGGUCAUCAGAAUUUGCCAAGAAAUGCAUCAUCUCAGCAGGGCACUGAGACAGAAUUGGGGUGUGAGAUUUCUUAUAAAACACAGAUGCCAAUUUCCUGUCCAUCGACUUCACAGUUUGGUGCAACAGCGACUACUUCAACAUUGUCUGUGUCCACUCCUUCACUAUCUUUGGCUCCAAACAGCUGUGACACCAGUUCUUCUGUAUCACUCAGUAACCCCUCAGUAAACUCAACAGCUCCAGCUUUAUUCAGCAUGUAUCUUGCCAGUUCUUCACAAAUACGAUCAUCAGUCAUUGAUACCAUGGAAUCAAAUUGUUCAUUUGCAGAAGCUUUAGAAAGACCAAAGUCAGUUCCAGAUACUGGUAGUACAAACACUAAAGUGCCAGACACUUUCAGAUCAGACAUAGGCUCCACAAGUUUUCUGGCUCCUUCAAAAUAUUGCCCCCUUGUUUCCACCCCAGGGACUAAUGGCACAAAAUUAAUAGAAUCAAUAUUUGACAGGAAAAUGUCCAUCCCUGCCAAUGGUUCACUACAGUCAUAUAAUUCUCCUGUUUCAACUGUAUCCAUUCUCUCUCCUUGUUCAUUGUCACAAGUUUCUAGUAAUGAUGCAAACAAACAACUUGAACAAAGUAAGCCAAGCCUUAGUCUUGAUGAUGUGCAACAAAACAUGUCUGAAGAUGAAGUCAAGGAUGUUAUUUUGAUUGAACUGUCAGAGACUCCAGAGAAAAGUUGUGAAUUGGUUGCAAAAGUCAAUGUGCCUCCUUGUGUUUUAUCAGCACCUACAACUGGAAGAUCUGCCAUAGAAGAGGUUCUCAUGGAUCCUCAGUGUGAGAGGGAGAAAAAAACAUUAUCCAAGUUGCAAUCAAAUCAAAGGGAAGUAACUUGUAUGAUUAGUGAGUUAAAUAGGCAAGAUUAUACUGCAACUCAAGACUGUCUUCCAAAUUAUUGCACAGAUUCAUCCAUUGCAGUUCCAUCAGACCUUUCAGUUAUAAUUGAUGGAGUUAGAGAACAGCCUGUAGAAGCAAGUGUAUCUGACCACUGUGUACGACAAAAAGUUGAAGAUGGUGUUACAGGUGGGAAGAUAGGAGCCAAAAGUUAUAGUAGUGAUAACUAUGGUUGUGUUUAUGCGACAGCAAAUCCUAUGUCGUGUACGAACACUACAGCCAAUAUGGACAAUUUAAUAUAUGAAAAUUCUGAUCAUUGUACUUCACUAGGGAACAUUGUUACUACUAAUGUGAAUAUUACCAAUGACUUCAGUGCUGAAAAAGUCUAUUUUAGCCAAGGCAGCAGUAUUAUUACCACUACUACGUGUAUGUAUAUUAAUAGUGAUUCAAAAUUUGAAAAUAAACCUGCUGAGAGCAAUUAUGAUAAAUCAGUGUCUGACAUAAGCAGGAUAGUUUCGUUAGAAAAUGAAGCAAGUGUUGUGUCCCUCAGAGAGGUAAUAUCAGGAUCAAGUGAUUGCUAUGGUACAGGAGCUACAACCUCUAGUAAUAACACUAUUGCAAGACUUAGUGAUGAAUUCUCUUUAAGAACUAAUGAUGAUACUGCAUCAGGUAUUUCUGCUAUGACUCCUGCUGCAACAUCUUGUGAAAAUUUUAAUGCAGGGAACGGUAGUGUGACAUCAGAAACUAAUAAUAAGAUUGAUACAGAGUUUGGUGGAAGGACAGCUGUGAAAAUUGUGCCUCAGAUUGUCAGUGAAGCAAACCAUGAAACUGGCACCCUCUGUAACAUAGGGAAUAGUGAAGUGGUUGGUAAAAGUAUUAAUUUAGCAGGAAAUGAUGGGAAUACAACUAAAACUAGUGAUAUUGUAGCAUCAGAAUCUAGUAAUAGAAAUAGUGGAAAUUCGGCCACCUGGACUGACCCAAGAAACCAGACUGAGGCUGCUGUUGUAGUAAGUGAUGAGAGUGGCUGUACAAGUCAUGCUGAAGACUCUUCCCCAGAAGUUGGUGUUCAUACAGUUCCACAAUCUUGUGGUGAAACUACUAUUUUAAAUGGAGAAGAAAUUAAUUUUGUGGAUAGUAGUGAACUUGGACCUGGAAGUACUGAUGUGGCAGAUUUAGCUUAUGCUUCUACUCCUGGUCUCUACACAUUGCUGCUAAAUGCUGAUAAUACAUUUACCUUAGUUGCAGGAGGAUACCAGGGAACAUCUGCUUCUCAGGGGAGUCAGGUGUUUGUCUGUCGUCAGUGCAACAAAUUUACAUUGUCACAGGUUGAAAUUUUGAAUCACAUCUCUAUGUGUCACCCUGAGGACCUAGAUAAUGUUAAUCAGAGUGUUUGGAAGUUUUGUGCACUCCCAUCUUCGUACAGUGAAAACAGUGAUAUCUUAAAUGAUGCAGACCCUAUAUUUCGCCAUGGAAUUACCCUUAACACAGAAAUGACUUCCAGAGGAUCUGGUAAUUGUCUGGCAGUUGAGGGGAAUGGUAGUUUGCAAAUGAGUCCUGAGGACAGCUCUGCCAGGUUAACCACCAACAAAAGAACAGUAAAGAGAAAAUUGGGUAGACCAAGAAAAGAAGACAUGAUUUCAAACCCUGAAAAAAAUAUGGAGCUGACAAAAGAAAAGAAUUUUAAGUUUGAAAACAAUAAAUUUAUGUGCAUUGAUUGUAAUAAAACCUUCAUAAAACAGCGACAGUUUGACAAACAUAAAUGUUGCAUGUGGCAGUUCAGUCUUGAACAGUUAAGUCAUACAGAUAUGGAGAGUUUUGCAAUCCCUCUUCUAUCACAAGGUAAAGUCCAAGAAGCUUUUGCAAGUGGAGAUAGUCACAAAGACACUAAUUUUAAACUGCAUCAAGAUAUUGUACCUGAAGAAGACUUGGGAGAGGAGUGGAAAGGAAGUAAAUAUUAUAAAGCAAAAACUAAACCUAAGCCUAGUGGCGGUGAGAGGAGGAAGCGAGGGAGGCCACCAAAAGUUGACUCUCUGGGUUAUGGCACAAGGUCAAAAGAAGAUCAUUCAGAACAAGUUCCACAACCAGAAGGCCAAGCUGCUGAUGAUAAGGAGUGCAGAUAUAAAGGAGAAGUCAAACCUUUGCAAGGUCCUAAGUCAAUCCCAAAUACAGACACUACUCCUUCUUUAUUGUCAGGUGUAAAUGCAGACCUCACAGUGCUACCAAGAACAAGUUCUGAAACUCCCUACCUGCAUGCAAUACCAACAUUGCCCCUGUUCUCUAAUCCAAGACAACAGGAGCGACUUCAUAAGUGGAUUGCCCAGAUUGACUUAAGUUUUGUGGAUAGUAUUAUUGACAAAGUUUGUCAUGAUAAAGGGGCACCAAAUAAACGAGGAAUGGCCAUGUAUGUAUGUCGAGAAUGUAAGGUUCUGUUUAGGACAUUGUUGUUGUGCCGAAGGCAUUGUGCAAAACAUAUGUCAAAAAAAGCUUUCACUUGUCCCGAUUGUGAUUUUGCAACCACGAAUGUUAGUGCACUUUACUCUCACUAUCGUAAUCACACACAAAACCUUUAUGCUUGUGAUAAGUGUGAUUUCAGAGCUCGAAUUAAAGCCCAUUAUAGAGAUCACUUGGAGACGCACAAUCCAAGUAGACAUAUUUGUCAGUUAUGCCAAAAGCCUUACAGUACCUCAAAUUCUCUUAAAAGUCAUAUAUAUCUCAGCCAUCGGAAUGAAGAGGGAAUGAACUACAAAAGGUGUUUACGAAAAAAAAAACAGGAACAAAAUAAGCAAGGUCUUAUCUAUCAGUGCCCUGUAUGCAGUAAAUUAUUCUAUGAGAAGCUGUUGGCCAAUAAACACAUAGCUACUCACAGUUCUAAUGUUUCUAAGGCAGUUGUCAAGUGUGAAGUUUGUGAUACUCAGCCCUUACAUCAUGGAACAUUAAGAAGACAUUUGCUCAAGCACAAAGUCAUAUACAUAUGUUGCAUUUGCUAUAAACCACAGCUCACUGUCAGUUGUCUCCGCAGCCAUCUAAAGGAAGGGCUUUGUAACUCGCAUCAAGGGGAUACAUUUAAGUUGUCUCUCCUGUGCUCAUAUACCUCACCAGAAACAUUUCCAAGUCUCAUCUCAAAUAAAAGACUUGGACUAGGACCUCUUCUCCAAGAUCUAACAAAACACUUAACUGAUCACCAAAUGCCAGACACCAAGUUGAGCAGCAACCUCAUCAGACAAAUCCAAGAGGCUGGUUAUAAGCAGAUCUAUGUGCUUCUGCAAGAUGAACAUAAAGGAGCAUUAAGUAAAAUUUCAAAUUCACAGUCACCUAGCAAGGUUAUGAAAAUUGUCAUAAAUACAAGACUUACUACAGUGAAUGAGCAGGCUGUGCCUUGGGAAGAGCACCAGCAGCAGACCCCUGGUAGGGAGUCAGAACACAGUGAAAGAAACCAUCAUUCAGCUGAACAGUGUUUCAACCCCCACCUCCCUGUUGAUCAGCAUCAGCAAGACUUGUCCAUGGAGGAAACUGACCAGAGAGUUGUUGUCAUCAGUAAUGUUGGUGAAGAACAAACUGUGGUGGUGGAAAAGGGACAAAUGGUGACGAUGGAUGAGAAGAGAUAUGUCAUAAUACACGAGGAAAAUGAAGGACAACAACCCAUGAAGUUUGACAGCUUUCUGGCUCACGUAUCGUGAUAUGUACAGUACAGUGCAUCAUUAGAAUUGUUUUUUGUAUACUUUGCCACUUUUAAAUGACCUUCAUUUAUUAAAUUAUGCUUGUCA